UCCGCUUUGAUGUGAGUUGUGCACAUUCAGUCGAGCAGAGAAACGAGAGGAAUACUGCAAAGGAGACGGAGGAAGUCAAGGGAUAGAAUACGGUCUAACACUCAAGAGCAUCAUGGCACCCAUAGGACUCAAGGCGGUGGUCGGUGAAAAAAUUAUGAAUGAUGUCAUCAAGAAGGUGAAGAAGAAGGGCGAAUGGAAGGCACUGAUUGUGGACCAGCUGAGCAUGAGGAUGCUCUCCUCCUGCUGCAAAAUGACAGACAUCAUGUCAGAGGGAAUCACCAUCGUAGAGGACAUAAACAAGCGGAGAGAGCCCCUUCCCACCCUGGAGGCCAUCUAUCUGAUUACCCCCACUGACAAGUCUGUGCAGACCCUCAUUUUAGACUUCAAAGACCCCCAUUCAGCCAAAUACAAAGCAGCCCACGUCUUCUUCACUGACUCCUGCCCAGAUCCACUGUUUAAUGAGCUGGUGAAGAGCCGGGCUUCCAAAUCCAUCAAGACCCUGACUGAGAUCAACAUUGCCUUCCUACCCUACGAAUCACAGGUGUACUCUCUGGACAGUCCGGAUGCCUUCCAGAGUUUCUACAGCCCCCAUAAGACCCAAAUGAAAAACCCAGUGAUGGAGAGGCUGGCAGAUCAGCUGGCCACUCUGUGUGCCACGCUAAAGGAGUACCCCGCCGUCAGAUACCGAGGGGAGUACAAAGACAACGCCACGCUGGCCCAGCUGCUGCAGGACAAACUGGACGCCUACAAGGCUGACGACCCCACCAUGGGAGAGGGUCCAGAUAAGGCUCGUUCUCAGCUGAUUAUCCUGGAUAGGGCUUUUGACCCGGUCUCUCCCGUCUUACAUGAGCUCACAUUUCAGGCUAUGGGCUAUGACCUUCUGCCCAUUGAAAACGACGUCUACAGAUACGACUCCCCCGGGAUGGGAGACACUUCUCAGAAGGAGGUGCUGCUACAUGAGGAUGAUGAUCUGUGGGUGGGGCUCAGACACAAACAUAUCGCUGAGGUGUCCACGGAAGUGACACGCCAACUGAAGGACUUCUCUGCCAGCAAGAGGAUGAACACUGGAGAGAAGACCACCAUGAGGGACCUCUCUCAGAUGCUGAAGAAGAUGCCCCAGUACCAGAAGGAGCUGAGCAAGUACUCCACUCACCUGCAGCUGGCUGAGGACUGCAUGAAGCACUACCAGGGCACAGUGGACAAGCUGUGUCGCGUGGAGCAGGACCUGGCCAUGGGUACAGAUGCUGAGGGGGAGAAGAUCAAGGACCCCAUGAGGGCUAUCGUGCCCAUCCUGCUGGACGCCAACGUCACCACCCAUGACAAGAUACGCAUCAUCCUCCUGUACAUCUUCCUGAAGAACGGCAUAACAGAGGAGAACCUGAACAAGCUAAUUCAGCACGCCCAGAUCCCUCCGGAGGACAGCGAGAUCAUCACCAACAUGGCCCAUCUGGGCGUGCCCAUCAUCACCGAUUCGACCCUCCGCAGGGGGAAGAAGCUGGACAGGAAAGAACGUGUGAGUGAGCAGACCUAUCAGCUGUCUCGCUGGACGCCCCUGGUCAAAGACAUCAUGGAGGAUGUUAUUGAAGAUAAGUUGGACACCAAGCAUUACCCCUACAUCUCAACACGCUCCUCUGCCUCCUUCAGCAGCACUGCAGUCAGCGCCCGCUACGGCCACUGGCACAAAAAUAAGACCCCGGGGGAGUACCGCACCGGACCACGUGUUAUGGUCUUCAUCAUUGGAGGCGUGUCCUUCAGCGAGAUGCGCUCCGCCUACGAGGUCACGCAGGCCAAUGGGAAGUGGGAGGCCAUCAUUGGUUCCACCCACACCAUCACCCCCAUCAAAUUCUUAACGGACCUGCAGCACCCUGACUUCCGAGAGUCCACUAGGGUGUCCUUUGAAGAGCCAGACGCAGGCUCAGACGAGUGAAACAGAGAGAGGGAGGGAGGGAGAGAGAAAGCACUCUGAAAAAAGAUCAACCCACGUCUUCACUCCCACUGCCCUCCUGGAACAGCUGAAGAACAUGAACAAACCAGACGAGGAACCGGCAAGCUAAAAACGCCCAGCCCCAUCGAUUUCCUCUUCCAGUCACCUUCCCCAAAUCCUACUUAAAUUGUGUAUGCAUCUUGCUGAAGAAGAACUAAAAAAACGAAACAAUGCGAGACAGCAUUGACGGAAAAAAUAUAUUGAAACGAAAAACAAAAAAGUGUUGCAAAUAUUCAUGUUUUACAAUGGAUGCAAAUGACAACUUAUUUAAAAAAGUUGAAAUAUCAACUAAAACCAUUUGAAACGAAAAAUACCAAAUGUAAUAUUGUAUGCUAUGAAACCUGCUAGAUUGUGUAAAAGGUAGAGACCUGUUUUCCCUCAGUUUAUCUUAUCGGUGUGAUUUGUAUUGCAGUGGGAGGAGGGAUGCCUUACUGUAAUUUGUUGGCAGUGGAAAAGUCAAUGCCGUAAAAUCAUAUCACUCAACAUGCAAUAUAACUUGGAGUCUAGCUGGUCAAGGAGUUUGCAUCAAUAACAUGCCUAAUGGUGGACUGUUACUGUAAAUCCUUUAGUGUGGCAAUACUGAGACCAAGCAAGGUGAGAGAUGAUUUAAUGACUGUGGUAUCUGUGACUUAGACAGUUACGGCCAGACAGACCCUAGGACUGAGACAAAUAGCCACAGAAUGCUUUAAGCACCCCUCCUUCAGUCAUAAGAAUGAACAUGAUUACUUGGCACAUCCUGUUUCUUUUUCUCUGGAGAGAAUUCAUGUUUUAAGUGUCAAAGGCCAUUGCUUGCAGAUGUUGAACGAAUUAUCAUAAAGGGCCAAUUGUAUUUCAGUAUUGUAUCCCGUCACACUAUAGAUCUCAUUGGUUAGGAAGAUGUUCAAUGGGCUGUGUGCUGAGUAGUGUUGUGUAUUGCCAUAUGUUGAUGUUUUAGUGUCUCACUGUUGACUGGUGAUAUUUCUGACUGUGAAGUAGUGAACUAUUUCCUUUAAAAAUGCCAAUGUAAAGCCACAAGUGUUUGUUGUGAUGUUUUAGCUAUAGUUGUCAACCAGAAAAAUAAGUAAUAUCAAUAUUUUGUUUGUCUGUCCAUUCGUUUUCUCUUCUAGUGCAAUAUUAACUCUUCCAGUAGUGAAUGGCUUUGCAAAGAAAACUGACCCCAAUAUUUAAACGUUUCAUUUCUCGUUUUUCCUCUCUUUCCUGGCAAAACAGGUUGUAUAUUGCACUAUGCGUUUUCUGUGAUGCAAACGCUUUCUUUGAUUUUUUUUUUUUCUAUUAUCAGUUGCGGUUGUAUAGGUUUCACUGUUGACUCAAUUCAUUUAUAACAAAGUUAUUUAUCAAAGAGAAAAAGAUAUUAAUAAAUGAAACGUAAGUCUGUCCUAAAACUGUUUAACUUAUUGCAAUUCUAUGUUUGCGAGUGUUGAAGCACAAAGAAAAGUAUACUUCAUGUGUACCAGUGUACUAAGGCUGUCUAAUAAAUUGGCUUCCAUUACAAGGA